AUGUUCUGGAGUUUUUUGGAGUUUUAUCGCACAAUCCAGAACGGUACCAAUAAUCAAACAGAUAUAAUCACGUCUCUCGAGGCAAUUAAUAAUAUUCAAGCAGAAAAAAUUAUUUGUCUUGAACAAAAGUUGUCCGCAGUAGAAAACCAGCUGGGCAAUAUGAACUCCGAAAAGCUCGAGCUAGAACAAGCUGUUGCCGAGCUAACAACUUGCCUUCCUGGUGGCAGUCAAGUCAUCAUUAACAGGGUUCAGAAACGAACUAAAGAAGUUCAAGCUUCCUUGGCGGCCUGCGAGAAAGACCUUCAGAGCCGAAAUCUGUAUGUACAAGAAUUAGAGGCAAGAAAUAAAAAUUUGAUGGCCGAAAUGAAUGUCAAGAAAGUGCCGGAGAUUGCAGAAGAUAACCUCAUCCGCUCCUUACAAAAUGAUAAGGCGAAUUUGAAGGCAGAAGUUGAAAUUGUUCAAGCCAAGUUGGACAAGCUUGAAGAAGAGUACUUGGCAUUGGAAGUGGAAGCCGCUCUUUUCGAUAACGAAGAAGAGACCCAGGGGUACAAAUAUAGACUGGAUAAACUUGAACGUGACAAUCGUGAAUCCACGUCUCGAAUUCAGCAUCUCGAAGUAGAGCUUAUUCGCGCCAACGACGAGAAGGAAACUUGGAAGAAGAUGCAUGAAAUAGCCAAAGAACGUUUGCAAGAAACCAACCGCAUUAAAUAUAACAAGGUUGAUCACAAUAAGACCAAGCAAGAACUUGCAUAUACCAAGGAACAACUUGUUAAGUCAGCGGCAGACUAUACGUUGUCCCAAAGAAAACUGGACCAGCUGCAAAAAGCCAUUCGUGAUUUACAAUCCGAAAAUAAUAAAAUUCAACAAAAUCGUGACGAAUUACAAUUACGCGUUGAUAAUUUGACUCGAUCCAAGGCCCGUAACCCCGCAGCCAUAUCCUUCUCCGAACAAGAAAACGCCGAUAUCAACCCUGCUCUUGUAACCAAGAUUAACAGUUUGAAGGCAACCAACCUCAUGUACAAAGACGAGAACAAUUAUUUGAAAGAACACGUUCAUAAACCGACGAUGUCGUUGAGCAAAAACCAGAAUAUGGAUGACCUCUUGAAGUCAGGUUCAUCAGACCAUGAAACAGGCAACAUGGUAGACUACAUGCAUGACAAAUCACCAAGAGAAUCAAAGUCGAAGAGACGCUCUUCUAUCUUAUCACAUCAGCCUACUGAUUCUGUUAUGAUUCCGUCCCGCUCAGUUAAAUCAACUUCGUUGUUGAAUACAGCUUCCUCGCACCAAACACCUAAACUGUCGGAACCCUCCGUUAAUCCUGCUCGUGGACUCAAUGUGACUCUUGGUAAACCAGCUGUCGCCACCCAGCAAGGUCUGCAUAGAUCAGCAUCCAGGUUAUCUCCCCCCGUGUCAGCACGGCCACCCAUCCCAGCUGUUGUGCCUAAGGGUAAGAAGAAGGACAGUCGCCUGAAGAAGUUCGUAAAUAGCCGCAAUCCGGGUAAAUUCAUCGAUAGCCGACCCAUCCUGCUUCCAGUGCACGAUCGACCACCCAGUAUGGAAGAAAGAGUGGCUAAAAAAACCAGAAUGGACAUGCGAUAUGUCUCGAUAGUUGAAGAAUGGGUUCAAAAAAAGAAACUACCCAAUGUCACCGAUUCAGCCAUUGAUAACAUCCUCAAGGAGAUUAACUCCAACUUUAAGGUGAUGAAGUCUAUCGACAAUCCUGAUCCAAAGACCAUGUCUAAGUACGGAAUCGAAGGAUUAUAUCAAAUCGACGCCAAGGCCUUCCACGAUAUUCUUACAAGACUUAGUGCUGAAUUAGUUAAAUGUCUGAAGGCUAAACGCCCUGAUGUCUCCGGCUCUCGUUACCGUCGUUUGUUAUGUCUGUUAUAUAAAUCACGUGGUGAUGUUGAACGUACCAGAACACUCUGCUUUGAUGUCGUUCGUGAAUCAACUUGUAACAACAACACAUUUGCCUGUUUGUACAACAUUGUUUGUGGCUGGCAAGAUAGUCUUGUUUCGGGUAAGAAGCCUUCGUUAUUGUUGAAAGCUGUACAAAGCAGUAUCCAGCAUAUUUAUGAUCAUUCGGGCAUUCCUGACAAUGUCAAGGUAAUGUACACCGAGAUCACCAAACGAUGUGAUUGGAACGCACUAAACCGAAUCCCUCCCACCAGUGAGGUGAUUGAGGAAGUGAUGGUACAACUCCUGCGUCUUGAAGGUGUACCAGUUACAAGUGAGUGA